AUGCUGGCCCAAAUUGCUCCGCUGUUUGGUGCCCUGUGCAUUACAUUCCUAGUUCUACAGUACCUCCAGCGACUUUAUCAGCAGCGCAAGCGAGCCCAAUCUCUUGGAUGUCAGCCUGCCGCUCAAGGGCCAUCAGGCAUCUUUGGAAUCCGAUCGUUUGUACGGUUGCUCAACGAAGUCAGGCACAAACGAUGGGUUGAAUAUAUUGCCGGGCAGUAUGGGCGUUACGGAAACACCUAUACCCAGAAGGCUCUGGGUAAAUGGAUGGUGUCUACCAUUGAACCGGAGAAUAUCAAAGCUCUGUUGGCAACCCAAUUCAACGAUUUCGGCCUGGGAACCAGACAUCGUGAAUUCUAUCCCUUGCUUGGAGACGGGAUCUUUACUCUCGAUGGCCCCGGCUGGUCUCAUGCACGUGGACUGUUACGGCCUCAAUUCACGCGAGAUCAGGUGGCUGACCUAGAGCUCAUGGACGGUCAUAUCUCCCGCAUGAUUGAUCUCAUUCCCCAGGAUGGUUCGAGUUUCGACAUUCAACGUCUCUUUUUCCUUCUAACAAUCGACUCUGCCACGCACUUCCUGUUUGGAGAAUCGGUAGGUGCUUUGGAAUCUUCCAACAGCGCAAGCCUCUUAGGGAGAUCAUCUGUCGGAAGUGCACAGGGAUUCGCAGAGGCAUUUGGUACCGCCCAAGAUUAUCUGACAACCCGCUCGCGUGCUAUGCACUUUUACUGGAUGGUCAAUCCGAAGGAGUUCCGUGAAGCCAAUCAGCGCGUUCACGAGGUCGUUGAUCACUAUGUUCAACUUGCUAUCCAAUCCAAGAAUAAUCCGGAUAAAAAGUCCGAUAGAUAUAUUUUUGCGGAGGCCUUGGCUGCAGACAACGAUGAUCCAAAGGUGCUGAGAGAUAAUAUGCUCAACAUUCUCGUGGCUGGCCGUGAUACCACUGCCAGUCUACUCAGCUCUGCAUUUUUCUACUUGUCACGCAACCAGGAUGUUUGGAAGAAGCUGCGGCAAACUAUCAUCGACGAGUUCGGGGAUAGCCAAAACCCGAAGGGCGAGAUUACACAAGCAAAGCUAAAGGAUAUUCCAUACUUACGAUAUGUGUUGAACGAGGUCCUCCGGCUGUUGCCCCCUGUGCCUCUCAACUUCCGUGUCGCUGCCAAGGACACUUCUCUACCAGUUGGAGGCGGCCCUGAUGGAAGAUCCCCAGUCUUUAUUCCAAAGGGACAAGUUGUCGCAUAUAGUGUCUACGCUAUGCACCGCCGUACAGACUUAUACGGACCCGACUCUCAUUCGUUCCGACCAGAGCGCUGGGAGGAAAAUGGCAGACGCGGUUGGGACUAUCUUCCAUUCAACGGAGGCCCUCGGAUCUGCCUUGGUCAGCAAUAUGCACUUACAGAAGCAAGCUAUACUCUUGUCAAGUUGGUCCAGCGCUUUGAUACCCUCGAGUGCGCCGACCCAGAAUUGAAACAGCCCGCGAUCCUAUCUACCCUCACCAUGUCGCAUGAUCGGGGUGUAAAGGUUAGACUAUCUUCAUCGGUGCCAAAAUGCUGGUUUAACCAGUAA